AACGCCCUGCCCGAUGGACGACGAGCGGUUCGAUGGCAUGUACAUGAACAUGGCUGGCCAGCUGGGAGGCAUCGACCCGCUGCUGGACGGCUUCUUCGGCUUCCUGCGCCGCAAGACAGACUUCUUCACGGGCGCCGCCUCGGCGGACGCAGCUGAGGCGACGGUGCUCAAGGCGCUCAGCAAGAACAAAGAGCGGGCAGAGGAGGACGCGCGCGAGAAGGCGGCCAAGGAGAGGAAGCGCAAGGCGGAGGAGGAGGCGCGCCGUGCGCGAGUCGCCGCCGAGCGCGCCAAGCAGCAGAAGCAGGAGGAUGAGAGCCGAAUCGUCGACGAGAGCAAGGGCCAGGCGCCAGUCAACAACGGCGGCGUCUGCGGCAACUACAGGUGGGAGCAGUCGCUCGGCGACGUGACGGUGUUUGUGGCGGUGCCCAAGGGGACAAAGGCGAAGCAGCUCAACGUGCAGAUCGGGAAGAAGCGGCUGGUCGUCGGCGUGGCCGGCGCGCCGAGCGGCUGGCUGGCGGAGGACUCGUCGUGGUCGGUCGAGGACAACGCCAAGGAGGACAACCGGCUGGUGACCCUGACGCUGACAAAGAUGAACGGGAUGGAGUGGUGGAACCGCCUCCUUGUGGGCGACGCCGAGAUUGACACGCAAAAGGUGGAGCCGGAGAACUCGAAGCUCUCCGACCUCGACGGCGAGACGCGCCAGACCGUCGAGAAGAUGAUGUACGAUCAGCGGCAAAAGGCGGCCGGGCUGCCCACCGCCGACGAGCAGAACAAGCAGGACAUGCUGAAGCGCUUCAUGGAGCAGCACCCGGAGAUGGACUUCUCCAAGGCCAAGAUUUGCUGAGCCCGGGCUCGUGCCGGAGGCGGCGGCGGUGCGAGCGGCGUGCCGAGACACGCAGACGGCGGACCGCGUCAUCUGCACGUUGGAUUACUUCCUUGGGGUGAAGAUCCGUUCGCCGCGGUGUGCACACCGUCGUGUUUCGGUUCUUGGAGCGCGCACAUCCAUCGAGGGAUGCGCCCACCAACGACACACUCUUCUUCUCGAGCAACAUAUUGUACAAACGGUUGCGCGCGACA